AUGACCACCGACAUCGACGACAUAUACGGCAUCACGACCAUCGAGAUACGCCAACACGCCAAAAGGGUCGUGCAGCAUGCCAACAAGACUGGUGCCAUCGAGCGCCAGGAGCUCACCUUGAGCGCGGCGCGUGCUCUGGUGGCCAAGAGUAUGGGACUGGACGACGACGCGUUGGAUGCGCCCGAGGAAAAGAAGGCGUGCAAGGAAGCGGUCCUUGCCGAGAUUGCCGCUCUCGCAGACGAGUCUGAGGAGGAGGAGGAGGAAGAGCUUGAGGAAGCCGAGGUCGUCGGGAGUGAUUGGGACGACGCGCCUGCGCCCAAGAAGAGGGCCACCAAGGCCUCCCCCGUCAAGCCCAGCACGUCGAAGGCGAGUAAGAACAAGACCACGACAAAGGCUACGGCCAAGGCCAACACGUCUCGCGCGACGGAAACUGUCCUCUUGAGCGAUGACGAGGGCGAAGAAGAUGUCGCGAGCGAUGCAGACUCGGACGCGCCCUCUGACGCUGCCCCCAAGAAAGCGCCCAAGCCAGCCAGUAAAGUCGCCGGCAACAAGCAGCGCAUGUCUACUCUCUCCAAGGAGACUAUCGAAUCGGACUCGGACGGUUACGAGGCUGAAAGCAGUGCCCAGGGCAAGCGCAAGGCGAAGGAGAACAACGUGCAGGCGGCCCCUGCGUCCCCUGCGGUGUCUGAGAUGUCGAGCGUGUACGAUGAACCGCCUGCCGCGAAGCGCCGCGAGUCCAACGGCAAGAAGGCCAAGACAACUGCUCCAAAGGCGAAGCCUACCAAGAAGAAUGCGAAUGACGACCUGUCGCCCGACGAGGCACGCGUGGGCAAGCUGAAGAAGAUUGUUCACGCAUGCGGUGUGCGGAAGGUCUGGACCAAGGAGUUUGCCGACUACCCAACUCCUCGCGCCCAAGUCUCGCACCUACUCUCGUUGCUGCAGGGCCUCGGAAUGAAGGGCCAGCCCACGCUGGGCAAGGCCAAGGAGCUCAAGGAGACGCGCGAGCUUGCUGCCGAGCUGAACGAUGUCAAAGAGUACGAAGCAGCCCGUGGCCUGUCGAGCUCAACGCGUCCAAGCCGCCGGCGCGUGGCUGAAUCCGUCCCUGACGUCGACACUCGCUCCCACGGCGCGAAGGAGGAGUCUGCAAUGGCGGCUGUCAUGGACUUCCUUGGCGACGAGGACAGUGACUAG